CCAGGAACUAGCAAGCCAAAAGCUCACUUCCGAAAUUCACGGAAUCUUCUGCACCGUCGACAUCCCACUCCCCGUAUUCCCCCCUUUCUCUUCCCACCCCCUCUCCCCCUCAUCUCCAAUAAUUCUACUAACUUGUCUCUUUCCUAGACCCUUAGCCGCAUUCUAACCGCCGCCUACCAGAAACGGCCCCAUCUCCGCCGGUCCCUGAUCGUCAUGACCACCCGCUCCGUCGUCAGGCUCCAAUUCCUCACCUUUGAUAAUGUCACCAACCCCCCCGUUACCGAGCACUUUGACUCACCAUUCCUGGGCUGGACCACUCAAGCCAUUAAGACAUUUGUGGUCAAGGACGUCCCCCAUGGUUCGCUUCUUGAUUAUAGAGUUUCGCUUAUCGCAGAUGCGUAAACCCUUAAGGACGAUACGCUUCUGCUGGUUUCUGGAUAUAACCCGGAGGAUUGGGAAACGAUCCGGGUGGCGGCGGAGUUUGCAAAUAUCGAGCCGAUAAGGUUGGCUCAUGGAACGAGAUCUUUUGACGGGUUAACCCAGUUGGCCGAUGGUGAUGGUGUGUACAGGGGUAUUUCAGGGGAACCUGCUAAGCCGGAGUUUGGUUUAGACGCGAUUUUGCUAAAUGGGGAUUAUUAGGUGGGAGAAUGACAGUCGAGAGAUGGCAUUUAAUCUGGUGAAGGAGGUCUGGUAGCAUUGACUUUAAGAUAGUUGGGUAGUGUGCUUUUGUUGAUCCAAUUGCAAUUUGAUUUGGUCUGGUUUGUUUGAUCUCAGUCAAGCUAGGUAUCUAUGACAUGAGUCACCAUGGUAGCGCGUAGUGUACAUGUAUCAGUUCAACUAAUACCUGCCAGGAGAUUUCAGCACCGAGUAAAGCCCCAUCCCCCGGAACGUGCC